CAGCACGUACAGCGCCGUCGCGCACGUCACCGCACCGGAUGUUGAUAUAAGUCUGCAGGAAGUGCUGGAAGAGACCAGCAGCGCGAGCUGAACGCGGAUAAACACACGCUGGGUCUGAAGCGGCUGGUGUGUCUGUGUGGAUCAUGGGCCGCAUCUUCUUGGAUCACAUCGGCGGCACGCGCCUCUUCUCCUGCGCUAACUGCGACACCAUCCUGACCAACCGCUCCGAGCUGAUCUCCACACGCUUCACCGGCGCCACCGGACGAGCCUUCCUCUUCAACAAGGUGGUGAACCUGCAGUACAGUGAGGUGCAGGACCGCGUGAUGCUGACCGGCAGACACAUGGUGCGAGACGUCAGCUGCAAGAACUGCAACAGCAAGCUGGGCUGGAUCUACGAGUUCGCCACCGAGGACAGCCAGCGCUACAAGGAGGGCCGCGUGAUCCUGGAGAGAGCACUGGUGCGCGAGAGCGAGGGCUUCGAGGAGCACGUCCCGUCAGACGCGUCCUGAGCACCAGCGCUCGCCGUGACUCUCAGCUGUUUGUUAGGCCAAACCCUGGUUUCAGCUCUCUAGAUUCACCCGUAAACACACAGGUCAAGAGCUUCAGAUGCACAGUCUCUUCUGUAAUCGGCUAAAACAACUGACCAUACCAUCUGCUCUGCGCAUGCAGGGAUGUCCGUUCAGAUAAUAUAACAGAAGUGCAUAUGUUCAUGGUUUCUUUUCCCACGUUUCACACAUUUUCACACGAGUUCAGUUUGUGCCAAAAUCUGUCUGGCUGCUGUUGUUUUGUGUCAUUCAUUUGUGUUUUAGUUUCUGCUAUCGGAUAUCCAGAUAAAUUAGCAGAUUUGUUCAGUAGUGAGCUUCUCACCAUCUUUCUAAAUCGCUGAAUAUUAUGACAAAAUAUCACUGUAGACUAAAGAUCUAUUCACAUUUAUAGAACAGAAAACUAAAUGCAUCUGAAAGUUUUAGAAACUAUUAUUUAAAAAAAUAAUUGUUCUGUUUGUUUAGCUGGAUGUUUGUAGAAUAUUACGGAAUGUAAAGCAUAAAACUGAUCUGAAGAAAAGACCACCGCUGACCUGGACAAAUGCACUGAACCAGCCAGUCGACACUUUUGGCACAAAUGUAACUCCAUAUGAAGACUUCACAUGCAAAAGCUUCUAAGUCAGUCAGAUAUCUUUCUUUUAAAUUAGCGUUUUUAUCAGGCUCCUGUGAAAAUAACAUUGGACAUUUUUGAAAACAAGGCAUUCAAUAACUGACUCGUAACCUUUUCUUUGCCAUCAAAGUGAAAUGACUGAACCUAAACAUAGGAGCCUGAUUAAAAAAAAAGCUAAUUUAAAAGAAAAGAAUCUCAGACGGACUGCGUCUGCAGGCUUCACGUGUAAGAUCUGUUUAGUAUUUGUUGUUAGAAGAGCAUCUGCCACCUUCAUUGGGAAACAAGGGGUUAUGAAUGAUGAAUCGCUAGAUAUCUCCACAAAUUCUCAGUUUGCUUCCUUAAAAAAGUUUUGAAAUUUCCCAGCCGCUAUCGUAAAGCCUUCUUUAUCGUCCUUCAGUAACUCGUCCAUUCGUGCGGCAGUGGUUUCUCUACGCUGCAGUCAUGUGACCAAACAGGUUCAGCGUUUCAGGACAUCUUUCUGGUUGAGCAGGCUCUUAGCAGGAGUUUAGGAUGAGCUGCGUUCCCUCAAUCUGUGAUCUAUAGUCAACCGCACGUGUGAAGCUCCACCUAAUAAAUCCUCCAAGCUGCCCUCGCUCACAGACGCUGUAAACACAAUCACACGAUUCUGCUGUCGUGGUUCCAGUUGGUUAGAAACGGCCUUUUUUUGUUCCGUUGGAGAGCGGAGUGUGGCAGGGAUCUGAAGCGUGCUGCUAUUGUGUUCGUUUGUGAUUCCUUCCAGACUUUGUGGAUUUGUUGGGUCUCUAAAUCUCCUCCGUUCUGCUGAAUUUAAGCUCGGCUUGUUGAACUUUUACUCUGAGCAAAUUCCUCACAUGCUUCUGAUUCUGUUCGGUGUUUGUUUGCUUCUGAUGUCAAAGUACCAGCCAGAGCGUUUCUGCUGCUCUAUAGCUGUCUGCUCUGAUUAAAGCCGCUUCUGUUCAUUAUUGUAUUCCAAAGCUCAGUUGUGCAUUUAGCAUGAGGUUCAUUGUGUUAUAUUUGAUGUCUGACUUGAAGAAUAAAUCAUUUCCUAAAGUGCAAUUUCUCUUCCUAGUAUUUCAAGAAAUCAGUGACACUUUACAAUAAGGUUCCACGUGUUGAACAUUGAAAAAC